UGGGCUCAGAGCAUGAGAAGGACAAACCAGUCGAGCGUCUCUGAGUUCCUCUUCCUGGGACUCUCCAGGCAGCCCCAGCAGCAGCAGCUCCUCUUCAUGCUCUUCCUGAGCAUGUACCUGGUCACAGUCCUGGGAAAUCUGCUCAUCAUCCUGGCCAUCAGCACCGACUCCCACCUGCACACCCCCAUGUACUUCUUCCUCAGCAACCUGUCCUUCGUGGACAUCUGCUUCUCCUCAACCACCGUCCCCAAGAUGCUGGCCAAUUACAUACUCGGGAGUCAGAGCAUCUCCAUCUCUGGGUGUCUCACGCAGAUGUAUUUUGUGUUUGUGUUUGCUGACAUGGACAGUUUCCUCCUGGCUGUGAUGGCCUAUGACCGCUUUGUCGCCAUAUGCCGCCCCUUACAUUACAGAGCAAAGAUGACCUGUCAGCUCUGUUUCCUGCUGGUCACUGGAUCAUGGGUCAUUUCCCACCUGAAUGGUCUGUUGCACACCCUGCUGAUGGCUCGACUCUCCUUCUGUGCAGACAACGUGAUCCCCCACUUCUUCUGUGAUGUGUAUGCCCUCCUGAAACUCUCCUGCUCAGACACACAGCUCAAUGAGCUCAUGAUUCUUUCUGAGGGUGCUCUGAUCAUGAUCACCCCAUUUGUUUGCAUCCUGGCUUCCUAUGUGCACAUCACCUGUGCUGUCCUGAGGGUCCCAUCCACAAGGGGAAGGUGGAAAGCCUUCUCCACCUGUGGCUCCCACCUGGCCGUGGUUUCCCUCUUCUAUGGCACCAUCAUUGCUCUGUAUUUCAACCCUUCCUCCUCACACUCAGCUGAGGAAGACCCCGUGACUACUGUGAUGUAUACAGUGGUGACCCCCAUGCUAAACCCCUUCAUCUACAGCCUGAGGAACAGGGACUUGAAAGGGGCUCUAAGAAAAGUGUUUGGCAGGAAGACAUUUUCUGUCUGA